CGUUGUGUGAGAGUGUGUUGUUUGUUUAUUUUUUAUAUAAAAUUAAUAUUUUUGACCACAAAAUCUUUCAUAGCUCAGUGAAAUGGUUUGAAAGUUAAACCCUCUAUUAUACUGAGAAUACUAGUUCAAAUUUAACAAUGGAGCGCGGUAAGCUAUCCUCCGCCGGCCGUGGAGGUAAAAGCAAAGCUCCACAGCAUCCUCAAGAUAUAUUUGCCCUGGGCAGCAAAUCAACUGUUGUCGUCUCCAGAGAUUCUGAAAAACGAAAUAUACAUAAACCAUCGACCAGCGGUGUCGCAGAAAGAAAACGCGAGGGCUCUGGGUUUGGCAGCCAACCACCUAAUAAGCGGUCCAGAAUUGGCUCACCAGCUGAAGCAGUAGCACCCACAUCAUUAGAAAUAGAUCCUGUUGAUCUGGUGCCCAAUGUUUUACAAGCUUUGGACACCCAUAACUCCGAUAAACUUUUGGGUCUCUUAACAGGCUCUAUCCGCCUCUUAAAGUCACAGCGUUCCAAACCGGACCUUAUCCUCUGCAUGAGUAUGUUGUAUUUGACCAAAAUACGGCCAAACAUGUUUGCACAUGAGGUAGUCACGCAGACUCUUUGUACCCUACUGAAGAGGGAGCAGGGUGCAGCAUUUAAGAGCAAAGGCAACCCAUUGGUAUUUGUGCUGGCCUGUAAUAUGUUGUAUGCUGGUCAUAAGGAUAGUAAUAACUGGCCAGAUACAUUCAUUAAGGUAUACUUAGAUGAUGCACUGAAUGAGAGAUGGUGGGUGGAUUGCUCUUGGUGCAAGUGUCUGGUUGAUAACAUAGUGACUGCGUUUAGCACUAAACAGCCUCCACCGCACCUCAUACCGUCUGAUAAUACACUGGGUACAAUGUCUCCAUCAGGUUCAGGGUCGCCUCUCAUGGGGAGCACCGAGGAAGAUGCUGAUAAUGCAGAGCUGGAUUACUCCGUGUUUCCAAGAUACUCCAGCAGCUACGAAACCGUAGAAGCUCUGGUGUUGGAAGCGAUCAAAGAGCAGAUACAGCGCCGCGCGGCGCCCGACGCGAUGGGCAAAGGUUUCCUCAAGUUGCUCUCCGCUACUUGUGGUUUUCCUGAGAUCCGCAUGAUAGCCGCGUCCCGGCUGGAGGGCUGGCUGCACUCGGGCAAGACGUGGCGCGCGGCGCAGGAGCUGCUCGCGUACGUGUGCGCCAACGCGUGCGCGGCCGGGCCCAGCGCGCCGCGCGACCACGAGGUGCUGGCGCAGCUCGCGCGCAUGCGCCUCAAGACCAAGCCGCUGCAGAACGCCUACCAGGCGUGCCUUAGGGAGAUGGUGUCGGAAAGUCCGGCGCUGCUGCGCAGCGUGGUGACGCACACGAUCUACAACGAGCUGUCGAACGUUCGCUCGCCGAACAACAUGGCGGUGCUCGCCGCGCUCAUACACGCGCAGCCGCAGCUCGUGCCCGCCGCCAUGGCGGAUACUUAUCAGGAGCUGCUGCUGCGCACGGAGGACUACCUGCGGCCGCUGCGCGCGCUCACCCGCGAGUGCAUCCGCGCGGCGCGCUCCGACGCGCAGGCGCUGCUGCCGCUCGCGCGCGCGCUCGCGCAGCCGCCGCCGCACGACCCGCCGCAGGAGAUUCGCGAGCGCGCGUUCCUGGCCAUCGCGGACCUGUUCUGCUGCUGCUGCCUGGUGACGGCGGCGCAGCGCAUAAUGUUCGUGGAGGGCGCGGAGGUGUACAGCAAGGCGGACAACUGGCCGGCGGAGUCGGAGCGCGCGCUCACGUACCGGCUGUGCUGCGAGGCGCCGCUCUCGCAGAACACGCUGCUGCGGCUCAUCUUCAUCGGCCUCUCCAAGGAUAUCCCGGUGUCCCCAGCGGAAGUGUUCGAGCUGAUCGAGCAGCUGGUGAGGCGCGCGUGCGCGCUGCCGCCCGAGGACAGCCCGCUCCAGGUGGACAAGCUGGAGAUAGCCGACUACAUCUUCCAGCUGUGCCAGUUCCACCCCCCGGACAAUAUCACCCUGCCUGCUGGUUACACGGCGCCCUCGCUGGCCAUCACGUCGCUGUACUGGCGCGGCUGGCUGGUGCUGACGAUGCUGGCGGCGCACAACCCGCACCAGUUCGCCGAGCGCGCCGCCGCCGCCUACCCCACGCUGCGCGCGCUCAUCGAGUGCUGCAUCACUGGCAAGCCGUCGAUCGAGUGGGUGUCGGGCGCCGCGGAGGCCGAGCGCGCCGAGGCGGAGCGCGCCGCCAUCCUGCAGCUGGAGACCCACCUGGCCGCCGCCAGCGCGCCCGGCAAGACCCCGCCCCCCAUCACCGACCACUCCUCCAGGCUGCUGGCGCAGCUGACGCUGCUGGAGCCGGGCGGCGCGGCGCGGCGGCCGCCGGCCGGCGUGGCGGAGGCGCUGCAGACGCUCAGCUCGCAGCUGCGCCUGGGCCGCCUGCUGUGCCGCCAGCCCGCGCUGCUGCUGCAGCUGGUGGAGCGCCACGGCACGCGCCGCGCCAUGCCCUGGCUGCACCAGCUGCUCAAGCACGACCGCCUCGAGCUCAGCGUGCUCCCCGUGCAGUGCCUGUGCGAGUUCCUGUCGGCGGGCGGCGCGGGGGGUGCGGGCGGGGCGGGCGGGGCGGCGGGCGAGGCGAGCAAGGCGGGCGAGCUGUGCGCGCACGUGCGGCGCACGCUGCAGACGGAGGAGGGCGCGCGCGCCGUGCUGCACUACUACAUGCACCGGCUCGCGCACGCGCACGCGCCCACCAGGGCCUCCGCCACGCGGGGCCUUAAAUUAGUAUUAUCGACAUCGGACGACGCGACAGAGUUGGACUACAAUUCUGACGUAAAUCCUGAGUCGUGGCUGCCGCUGCUGCCGACGCUGCGGCACUGGGAGGCGCUGCGCGGCGAGGCGCUGCGGCGCGUGCGGGCCGCGCUGCUGGUGGAGUGCGAGCCGGCGCACCUGUCCGCCUACCUGGCCUUCCUCGCCGAGCAUUGCGCGCCCGACGAGCUCACCGACACCGUGCUGGACCUGAGCCAGGUGCUGAUGGAGCGCACGACGGUGAUGGCGCACGUGCUGCCGGCCGAGCGCGCCGAGCGCUGCGCCGCGCGCCACCGCGCGCUGCACGCCGCCACCACCAUACUCUACACGCACUUGCGGCAGGUAUUAUCGAUGGGCGAGCAACCGGAACCUCCGGAACCGAUGGACGAAUCGGAAGAAGGGGCUAGCACAUGGAGUGGGGGGGAGAAGGUCACUCUACAGUGGGCCAACGGCAGACGGGCCACGCUGCACGUAGUCAUUGCGCAUGCGCAUCUGAAGCUCUUGUGUUAUGGACCAUCGAUGUUCGAUACGAACCAGGAGAUGUACACGUGGCUGCAGAGCAUGUGGGUCGGGGCGGAUGCGCCUGAGACACUCAUUGGAGAGUCGCCUGAAGAAGGCGUGCUGCUACCGGACUGGUUACGGUUGCAUCUGGUGAGGUCGGCGCGGCCGGCGCUGCUGGAGGCGGGGCUGCGCGGGCUGCCCGCACACAAGCUGGCGCUCUUCAUACAAACUUUCGGCAUGCCCGUCGCUUCCAUGAGCGCGCUGCUGAGCGCGCUGGACGCGUGCCCGGUGAGCGCGGUGGUGCGGCUGGGCGUGGAGCGCGGCUACAUGGCGCAGCUGCUGCGCGUGCAGCGCGCGCGCGGCGCCACCGGCGGCGCCGCCUUCGCCGCCGUGCUCAAGCUGCAGCGUGCGCACGCGCCGCCCGACGACACGCUAUUUGUCGAAGCAGCCUUGCCAGAGGAGGCCUGCGAGGCGUGGGACUGCGCCCCCGAGCCGUCGCGUGCUACCUCACACGCCGCGCUACUUGCUACUGCAUUCGCUGGAGCUACUAGCUACAGCGGCGAUCUGGAUGCUGGCUUCACACAAUUAAACACUCAAAUCCUCGAAGAGGCGCGUACCGGCGGUGGUCCAGCCACCAGCGCGGCGCUGGACUUCCUCCGGGGGGUGGCGGCAGCGGCGGCUGGCGGGGGCGCUGCGGACGCGCUGUGCGGCGUGCUGGCGCGCCCGCACUACGCGGCGCCGCUCGUGAGGAGCUUGCUGUAUGCGGCGCCCAGGGGCCUGCCUGAGAUCUGUAACGCUCUGCUCGCACGCACGAGCUACGUGCGCGGGCCCGUGUGCGACGCGCUGCGGGCGGGUGCGGGCGCGGGUGCGGGCGCGGGUGUUGGCGCGGGUGCGAGUGCCGGCCCGCUGCCGCACUUGCCGCCGGCUGCGACCAAGGAGCAGAUCAUUGCUGCGUUCGAGUCAGCAACCGCAAGCACGUUAGAGGAAAUCGGCAACCACAUCAUCGAGACGCAGGACACCCAGGUGGUGGUGGACGCCAUCUCGCAGCUGCUGCAGAACAACCAGGACGGGAAGUACGAUCUGAUAAAAGAGGAGCCAGGGAGGGCAGGUGCGCCAGCGUCAGUGCUGUCGGGCAGCACGCUCGGCUGCGGCCUGCUGCUCGACUGGCUUGCUGAGCUGCAUCGGGAGACGUUGUGCAAACUGAUGCGCGUGAUGUUCGUGAGCGGCGGCGCGCGCUGGCGGCCGCAGCUGGUGACGCUGGUGGCGCAGCGCGCGUCCUGGCGCACGCUGCACGCCUGCCUCGCGCACCUGCUCACGCCCGACGGCAAAUGGGCCGCCCGCGCCGUGCUCGAGUUCGCGGAGACGCUGGUGAACAGCCCGCGCAUCUGGCAGGGCCGCGACCGCGCCACGCCCAAGCACCACGCGCCCGACGACACGCUGCGCCUCACGCACGAGCAGCUGGACGUGCUGAUUCGGUACGUGGGCUCGGAGGCGUGGGAGGUGCAGCAGGCGGAGGGCAUGGAGGGCGCGCGGCGCCGCAUCGAGGCGCGGCUGCCGCUCGUGCUGCGCUGCUGCGGCGCGCCGCACGCGCUGCUCGCCGCCGCGCUGGCCGCCGCGCAGUCGCACCCGCUGCUGCUGCUGCUUCUUUACAUGAAGGUGCCCAAAGUGCUGCAGGUGCUCCGCGAGAGCUCGGAGCGUCCCAGCGCACAAGAACUGAAAGUGGGCGGUGAGGAGCUGCGCACAGCUGCGCGCGCGUCGACGAGCGCGACGGACCGCGUGUCGCACGCGCUGCUCACUGCGCUCGCGCACCACGCGCCGCACGCGCACGGGAAGGACCAUUCGCAUAAGGCGUGGCGCAUCGAGUCGGCGGCGCGCGCGGUGUGGGCGCGCGUGCAGGGCGCGGGCGAGCGCGCGCUGCCGCUGGCCGGCGCGCUGCUGCGCGGCGUGCGCGCGCGCCACCACCACCACCUGCUCGCCGCGCUCGAGAUGCUGCCCGACCGCGAGCUCUUCGCCGCGCCCGCCAGCGCGGAGAUCCACGGCAUCCUGGAGUGCUUCCUGACGAGCCACCCCGCGCUGAGCAGCGUGGUGAGCGGCGAGGCGAGCGCGAGCGCGGCGCCGCCCCCGCACGCGCUGGCCGCGCUGCAGCGCCGCCGCGCGCCGCCCGACGAGCUCACCUGGCUCGUGCAGGAGGUGGAGGCGUGGGGCGUGCGGCGCGGCGGCGCGUGGGGCGGCGCGCGCGCGGCCGGCGCGGUGGCGCGCGCCGUGGCGCCGCUCGCUGCGCACGCGCACGCGCCGCUGCGCAGCGCCGCGCUCUCGCUGCUCGCCAAGCUGCUGCCCGCCGUGCCCGACACGCAGCCCGGUCUCCAAGCGAUCCUCGAAUGCCUAGAGUCCCCCAACAUGGAGGUGGUGCUGAGCGUGCUGGACCGGCUGCCGUCCCUGGUGGUGGGGCUGCAAGAGCACGGCGCAGUGCUGCUGGCGCGCCUGUUCGAGCUGGGCCUACGCUCCAGGGCUCCGGUGGACACGUGCCUCGCGAAAUGCGUUGCGGCUAUCAACUUACAGCGGGCGUGUUAGGGGAGGUAUAGAGAUGUGUUUACAUGGAGGGGGGGCCUGGGUGAAGUUGUGGAGAGGAGGUCUAAUGAUUGACAGAACAGAUGUACUGAAUGUGUUGAGCGAUCAUCCAAUGAAUUAGGAUUAAGCAGAAGUCUAUGUUAUGGGAAACAACAUAAAGUAAGAAAGGAUGACGAAGUUUUGUUUUGUUAAGUUGUAUAUAAUAAAUUCGUAAAAAU